AUGGGUAAUGUAAGUGUACGGGAUGCAAAAGAUAACAACAACAGUUCAGAAUCUAUUGUAACUUCCGAUGAGACCACCUCUCCAUACCUCCACCUCUCCACCUCACAGAAUCUGACUACCACCACACAUGUUUACGAAAACAUCGUUCCAGUAACUCUUCUGUUCGUUUUUGGAGUUGUUGGUAACGCCAUAGCUCUAUUUGUUUUGUGCUAUUCUGCAAAGAAUCACAAAUGGCGUCCGUUCUAUAGACUGGUGUGUGGACUAGCUAUUUCUGAUGGCGGGGGAAUUCUUGCGUCUUAUCCGUUCGCAGAGUACCGCUAUGUUUCCAAUUUCGAGUACAACUUUCCAAAAGCUCUGUGUGAUUACUUGGGCUUUGUUUUCAUGUUCACACUAAUGUCGUCUGCUAUGAUCGUCUGUUGCAUGUCGUUUGAUCGGUUCUUUGCCAUAUUCUUUCCAUUUCUUUACAACACACCGACAAAGGAACGCCGAGUGAUGGUUAUGCUGGGAUGUGUUUGGCUGCUUUCUGGAAUCAUCAGCUCCCUACAUCUGUAUGGUUUAGGUGCCAGUAAAAACUACUAUCCAGGUUCCUGGUGUUUUCUUGACUUUAUUGACUUGUCAACAAAUGCUAAAGUGAUAUACUCCUACAUCUAUGCGACCACAGGGGCAGUAGUUGUCAUUUUGACUAUACUUAUAAACUUUCUUGUGAUAGUCUUCUUCAUCAAGAAUAAGUUCAAAAAGGCUGUUGCCAAGAGCAAUAGGAACGACCUUCCGGUUGUCCUCUUUCUGUUGAUGAUUGUGACAGUCUUUACUUCCUGUUGGGCUCCGCUUAUGGUGAAUAUUUUCCAGCAUGCUACUUUUUUUACCAGCGGACAGGGUAAAACAGAGCUGACUUUUCUGCGUAUGGGCGUGACAAAUUCCGUGAUAGACCCAUGGAUCUACAUUUUAUUUCGAAAGGAAGUGUUUAUCAUGUUGAUGAAUAUUAUACAUCGUUUACUUGGAAGACAGAAGGACACAAAGAACAAUGACAGCAUUUCAGAAAUGAAAUCAAAAACAACGGUUGCCUAG